AGCUCCGCUGGGGGCGGGGCCAGCCCACAGAGGAGUGACUGGAUUUUUUUAAAAAGUAGUUUCUCCCUACGGUUGGACCGGGACUGUGGCGGCUGGUUUCUGGCUCAGUCCGCGCGGAGACGGAACCGUUUGUUUGGACCCGACAAGCGAAGAAGACGACGGAGCCGGAGGAGGCGAAGGAGCGCGCGCGCGCGGCUGAAGACGGAAGAAAGUGCCGAGUGUUGAUGCGGAAAAUACCUGCCGAAAACGACGCCGCCUGACCUUCUCUUGAAGCCCCUCGGUGUGGUGUGACCCACCUGACCUUUCAGUGAGGAUGGUGAUGGAGGAGGGGGCCCAGAGAGACAGGGGCAGGGGCGACCCCGCCAGAGUGGAGGGGCGGCAGAUAUUUGUGGAGUUGGCGGAUCAGAACCUGGACACCAUCUGUCUGUCAACGUAUCGGACCGCUUGCAAGCUGAGAUUCAUCCAGAAGAGAUGCAAGUUGCACCUGAUCAACAUCUACAACGUGAUCGAGGCGGUGCGGGACGCUGGUCUGAACGCCGUGGAGCUGCACGCUGGCAUCUCCACGCUCCGACUGGAGAACCUGGUGUCUUCUCUGUUUGUCCAGCUGAGCAAACGUCUGCCCACCACCUUCACCAUCAACCCUCGAGAGUGCGCCGUCCUGCUGGUGGAGUUCAUCCUGGCCGCUGUGGACAGUGACCCGGAGAGCCGGCUGACGGUUCUGACCGUGAAGGCCACGCUGGCCCUGCUGUGCGGAGGGAACCUGUUCGACAAACUCCACUACGUGUUUUCCCAGAUUUCCGACUCCAACGGCGUAUUGUCGCUCUCCAAACUGGACACUUUCCUGCGAGAGGCGCUCAAGCUGCCGACUGUCGUAAGCGAAGGGCCGUCCUUUGGCUACAGUCCCACGCUGGCGCGCUCCUUCUUCCCACAGCAGAAACGAGUGACGCUCAACAUGUUCCUGGACAUUGUGGACGACCCCCCGAGCUGCCUGGUGUGGCUGCCUUUGAUGCACCGCAUGGCCAACGUGGAGCACGUCUACCACCCGGUGUCGUGCUCCUACUGUCGAGGGAACGGCAUGAUGGGCUUCCGCUAUCGAUGCCUGCGCUGCCGUAACUACCAGCUCUGUCAGAACUGCUUCUGGAGAGGGAACAUCAGCGGCUCCCACACCAACCAGCACCAGAUGAAGGAGUAUCUGUCCUGGAAGUCCUCAGCGACUAAACUGGGUCGAGCCCUGAGCCGGACUCUGGGCUGCGUCUCCUCCAGAGAGCCCUCCCACCCAGUGUACCCCGAGGAACCUGAGAGGACCCUGAACAUGGCCAACAUCGUGCCGUCCCAGCCCUCUGUGAGCUCCGGGGACGCCAUGGUGAUGUCUGCCUCGCUCCCUGAAUCCUCCAAAAGUUUGGCGGCUGCCCAGCGGAUGAAUGAAGAACACGCUCUGAUCGCGGCGUACGUGAACCGUCUGCAGAGCAGCCCACGCGCCGACACUCCCAGCAGACAAGACGAGGAGCACCAACUCAUCGCUCGCUACACGUCGCGGCUGGCUGAGACCGAGGGCUCCGGGGUGAUUCCCAACCGCAGCAUCAACUUCGACAUCAACAAACAGAAGCGUGAGCUGAUCGCCCAGCUGGAGAGGAAGAACAGAGAGAUUUUGGCAGAGAUCAAGCGGCUGCGAGUGGAACACGACGCGGCAUGUCAGUCCAGUCCAGAGAAGGGCAGCACCAACCCAGCGCUCCUGGCCGAGCUGCGGCAGCUGAGGCAGAGGAAGGACGAGCUGGAGCAGAGGAUGUCGACGCUGCAGGAGAGCAGGCGAGAACUCAUGGUGCAGCUGGAGGGGCUGAUGAAGCUGCUGAAGGACGAGGAACAGCGACAGGCAGCUCAGGCCGCCGGCUCCUCUCAGGCGUCUCCGUCUCGGCCGAGUCCCUCCGCUGUCCGCUCGGUGGGCUCAGCCUCGCCACACGUGCACGCCUAUCACCCCCAGGACUCCCUGGCUGGGGUGGGGGGGGACGUGCAGGAGGCCUUCGCUCAAGGCUCCCGGAGGAACUUGAGGAACGACCUGCUGGUGGCUGCCGACUCCAUCACCAACACAGUGUCCUCUCUGGUCAAAGAACUCCACUCUGAUGAAGGUCGAGAGGAAGAGGAGCGCCUGCUGAACGGGAAGGACAGAGCAGGUUAAGGUGACGCGCGGCCUCAGAGCGGAGGGCCCGGUCGUUCUACCAAAGAGGAGUUUUCACGAGGAAGGUUCAGGUUCGGCCGCUUGGACGGAUGGUCGACGAUGCUGGACACCAAACGCCCGCCGGCGCUUUGCUGACGUGUAGCUGUGAUUCUUUCUGUCGCGUCACUGUUUGCGAUGGCGCUUAGCUAAACAGACCUGCUGAUUUGUUUUUUCGUGUUUGCAUGAGCGCAUGUUUGAGAUUGUCAAGGUCACGGAAGGUCGAGAAAGUGAGAGGGAUUGAGUGGUGGAGGUGCAGGGAGAAGCUAAUAGAACGGAAGCGGAAGUCGAGGAGUUGCAGCUAAAAGUUUUGCCACCGUGUGCUUGUUAUUUAUUGAUUGAUUGAUUGGUUGUUGUUGUUGUUGUUCACUCGCUGUGUGAGUGCAGUUGGGCCCUGCUGAGAUGAAGGUCCUGCUGUGUCACGCUGAGGUCGGUCACCUCCCAGAGGGUUCAGUGUCGCCCACUUGUGGAUUGAGGAGCUUCCUGCAGCAGACUCAGAGCUGUUCUGCCUGUGAGUCUGGUUGCAGUGUGAGGUCUGGACGUUUGGUCCGCUCCAGCCGCGCUCACCUCCUGGUGCUGAAGUGGGCCGACACUAAAUCCCUGUGUGUGUGUGUGUGUGUGUGUGUGUGUGUGUGUGUGCGUGUGUGUGUGUGUGUGUGCGUGUGUGCGUGCGUGUGUGCGUGUGUGCGUGCGCGUGUGUGUUUGAUGAUCGCUCGGUUACAAAGUGUCACUCAGCUUGUGUGAGGCUCACUGUCCAUCCUUUCACCCACUACUGAUGACAGAGUGAACCCCUGAAAUGAAGACGGGAAAACGCCUACCGCUCUUGUUUGACUGAAAUAAAUAACAUUGAACUGAAUAUGUUUCACUUUUUACUGGGCCCUGAAUGCAACGUCACGAUGUCAUCUAAAGGUCAAUGAAGGUCAAACUGACGAGGUGAACUUGAGUCACUUUUUUUUUUUAAGACACUAAUAUUCAGUUUAUCAUCAUCCAACCGUCAGUCAAUCUUGUUUAGUAGUCAUACAAUACUUUCUCUGGAAUCUAAAUAUCUUUGAGAUUAUUACAGUAUUUUGAAAUAUUUCAAGAACGCCACAAGUGAAAUGAUCUAAGAAUGAUGUUCUACAUAGCAAUCAUUUACAUCGGUAUAUGUUAGAGAGAUGAAUAAUUGUGAAUAACAUUUUAAUAUUAAAUACAAUAGUAAUGAUAUAAUGUUUUCAUGGGUACACUUUGUAUGAACAAAUGUUUU